AUGCUACGCCUUCUCCUAGUUACGCUAUUUUUAGCCACGGCUGCAGCGUUGACAUGCUAUAACGGACAUAAAAUCCUAAACGGCGGCUCGACGGGCGAGACGACGGAGGACUGCGGCUCGGGGGCGUUCUGCUACAAUAUGUCGGCCCAGGUGGCCGUGUUCGUCGACUUGAUGAAGGCCGGGUGCUCGCGGUGGCGCUGUAUGCUCGCCCAAGACUCGUGCAUCGGGAUGAAUUUCCAAGGCAUUCCGGUCCACUUCUGCUGCUGCUCCACGGAUCGGUGCAACGUGGGCGCGUAUUCGCAUAUGGCAGGCCACAACUGGAACAACAACAACAACGGCCCGGGCGGAGCCAACUGGAACAACAACAAUAAUGACAACAACAAUGGAGGAAAUUCUGGCGCGAACUGGGGAACUCGCGACAGCGACGCCAGCAGCGGGUUCAACUUCAAGGAUCGAUCCGGCGAUGGACAGACCAAGUCGAUGCAAAGAAGCCCUUCUCGCGAAGACGUCGAAAAAGCCUUCAAGAUGCACAUCGACAGCCCGACAGAGGCACCGCGAGGAGGUUUUGGCGGCGAAGAGCCCAUCCAGAAGAUUGACGUACGCAAGACGACGCCCCGCCCCAUGAGAACCCAAUCCGGGGCCGAGGUCGAGCUCAUAAUC